UCCCUCGAUCUGAAGCUUCCACCAACCAGCAACUUGACCCAACAAUUGCUGCAGAAAUGCGUUGGCCACGCAUACAACGACCGCCACGAUGAAACGUUUACGAAGACCCUCAAACUACCGGUCCUACCAUCCCUCGACCUCGAAAAAGCACCACCAAAUUACAACGACUGCGUAAACGACUGCCCACCAGAUUAUACGGAUACCGAUACCCUUGCGACAUUGGAUCUCGACCCGCCCGCUUAUGCGCCAUGCACAUGUACAUCACAAGAACAUAUGGACGAGACAUCCCGCCCGACUGAACCAAAGGUCGACUUCGGAUACCGCGACAACUUGCGCGAGCACAAGAAGAAGAAAAAGGCGCAGCAGCAGCAAAGAACAAAUGGGACAGCGACAACGAAGAGGAGAAGAAGCCUGAAGGCGACAACACUGCUGAUCAGCCAGGCGAUGCUGGUGGCAAUGGAGGAGCAGACGGUGCUGGAGAGGGCGGAGAAGGAGGAGGUAAUGAUGAUGACGAUCGGGACGACGGCAAGAAGAAGGAUGAUGACGGGAACAAUGACGAGGACGAGAAGAAGGAUGAUCCACCUUGGGCAGGCUUCACGACCGCUGCCAGCAAGAAGAAGAAAAAGAAGGGCAAGGACACCGAACUCGAUCCUCCACCCGACGAUGGACCACCUCAAGNUUGAUGUCGACUUUGGCAAUAGCAAUAGUUUCAGCUUCGGCAGUAAUGGGGCCUGGGGAGCUAAGUCGGCAGAGGAUCACGGAUGGGCUACAUUUGGCACCAGCAAUAAGGACAAGAAAAAGACAAACGCUUUCGACUUUGGUUUCGGAGAUGCUGAUGGAGGCGAAAUGCCUGGGGAAUCUGCGCCUCCACCAGCAGAAGAAGAGGCAAAGACAGAUGACAAUCCUUGGGCUACGUUUGGUUCGGGAAAGAAGAAAAAGAAGGGCGGUGCUGUUGAAGAAUCUCCACCUCCAGAACCCGAGCCCGAGAUUAUCGUUGUUCAGAGCCCAGACGAGCCUGCUGACGACUUCUCCUGGGGCAUGAGUGCCAAAGACAAGAAGAAGGCGAAGAAAGCCGCCAAAGCCGCCGCAAUCGCUGAGCCCGAAGCUGAACCUGAGCCUAUUGUUGUCGUCGAGGAACCACUGCCUGAGCCCGAAGCUCCUGCCGAGCCCGAACCAGCUCCAGUAGAAGACUUUACCUGGGGUAUGAGUGCAAAGGACAAAAAAAGGCAAAGAAGGCUGCGAAAAAGGGAGGUAAUGCUUUCGAAUUCAUCGCUGAGCCAGNAAGCUGAGCCUACUCCUGUUCCAGAGCCUGACCUCGAGCCGCCAGUCGUCGAAGUCAUCGAAGACCUUGCUCCACCCGCUACUGAGACGGAACCUGUGGAUGACUUUUCUUGGGGAAUGAGCGCAAAGGACAAGAAAAAGGCAAAGAAAGCAGCCAAGAAGAGCGCAUUUGACUGGUCAGAGCCCGAUGUUCCUGCAGCGCCAGACCCGCCUCCCGCUGAAGAAGCACCACCUGCUGACGAUUCUACCGCCCUUGCUAUCCCAGAGCCCCCACAAAAUGACUGGCUCGGCUGGGGCACUGCCGGCAAGAAGAAGGAUAAGAAGAUCGCCGAAGAGGUUCCACCAGAAGUACCUCCACCUCCGCCCGCUGCUCUCAAGCCUGCUGUCGAAGAGAGCAGUAGCUCAUGGUCAUUUGGUUGGGGUUCAUCUUCGAAGAAAGACAAGAAGAAGAGCAAGUCCCCUGAACCCGAUCCUGUUCCUGUGCCCGAGGCUGUGCUUGAAAAAGACCCUGUCGUUAUGGUUCCCGAAUCUGUCGACGAGCCAAAAGUCGAAGAAGACGACUGGGCGGGCUGGGCUACUGGANAAAAGUCAAAGAAAAAGGGUAGUAAGAAUACACCUGUCGAGGUCGUAGAGCCCGUGUACGAUGUUCCUGUUCAGCAACCUGAUCCUGUGCCUGCUGAAGAAGAUGCAUGGACUGGAUGGAGCGUGGGUAAAAAGGAGAAGAAGAAGAGUAAGAAGGGUGAUGACAUCCUACCACCUCCAUUGCCUGCGAUCGAGCCACCACCUAUGGGUAUUAUUGAGUCUAUUCCUCCUCCUCCUCCACCACCAGAAUUCGAGCCUGUUCUCGAACAAGCACCCGCCGAUGAUCCUUGGGCUUCGUUUUCGACUAAGAAGAGCAAAAAGGAUAAGAAGAAGAAGGGCUCAAGCGUCGAAGAGCCGAAGGCGGUUCUCGAAGUACCGCCCCCACCUCCUGAACCUGAGCAACUCCUCGACCUACAAGAACCUGGAAUCGAGCCCGAACCUAUCUUUGUGAUCGAGUCUCUACCUGCUGAAGAGCAUGUCAAAGAGGUCAAGAAGAAAGAAGUCAAGACAUCUUCUGGCUGGGGUAGCAGUUUGUGGGGUAGCUCGAGCAAGUCCAAAUCCUCGUCCAAGGACAAGGAGAAAGAGAGGGAAAAGGAGAAAGAGAGAGAAAAGAAGGACAAGGAGGAAAAGGAACGCCAAGAACUUGAAGCAGAAGAACAGCGCAGAGCAGAUGAGGAAGCAGCAUUUGCAGCAGCUCUGGCUGACGAGCCUGUUGACUUACUUCUCGAUUCUCAACCUCUGGUUCAGGAACCCGCCACGACAGGCUAUUGGGGUACGUUUCUGAAGCCAACCACAACCAGCAAGACCGUGGAGGACCCCAUCGUUCCCAAAGGUAAGGUUGACACUGGUGCCAAGGAGUCCGUCAAGGACAGAAUCAAGCGAUUACAAGGCGAGGCUACCAAGGAAAAAGUGGUUGUGGUACCACCCNCUCCUCUGCAACCAGAGCUGCUCCCUGAACCUGAGGUUUUCGUGGUGCCCGAACCUGAAGUCAUCAUCGCGCCUGAACCGCCCGCGGCUGAAGAAGUACCUGCUAAGAGAUCAUCAAAGGAUAAGAAGAAGAAGAAAGGCAAGGAGAAGGAACUAUCACCUCCACCUACACCAGCUGCUAUCGAGAUCCCUCCGGCUGUUGUUGGAGUGCCUCCUUCUUUGAGCCCUAUUCCGGGUGGCUUCCCUGAGGAUGACGUUGAAAUUGAUGCGUUGGCUGAUGUACCUGCUGUACCACCAACCAUUGUCGUUGGUACCUCGGCUGGCGCACACGUCAAGCCACCUCGGACUCACGUAGCCGUCAUACCAUCGGAGGAAGUGAUGCCCAAGUCUUCCUCUGACAAGAAAGCCGUCAAGGACAAAAAAUCUUCUGUCAAGAAGGAACCCACGAAAUCUUCGCGCCCGACAAUCAUUGAUCUUGCUGCGCCAAGUACACCUGCUGCUGAAACCAAGUCUGAGAAGAAGGAACGACCGAAAGUUGUUCGUGACCCGACUGGAAGCUCACAUUGGGGUCUGUGGGGAACAACACCCAAGGCAGAGCCAAGGAAGGAACACAGGCACAGCAAAGACACGACAACUCCGACCACCAAACAACCAGCCGCUCCCGGACUCACGCGAUCAAAAUCAGCACGCAAGCCCAACGAACGGGAUUUUAUGGACAAAGCCGACAAAACUUCUAGCGACGACAAACAACCAAGAAAAGCCAGCAGAGAUCCUUCAACCCCAGCUAAAGCCAUGGGAUUCAGUCUGUUCGGACCUACACCCACAAGAUCACGGUCGAUGCGACAAUCAACCUCUGCGCAACAGCCUGCUCAGGUCAGAGAGUCGCGCCGUUCUCUCGAUGUGUCAUCUCCGCCUGGCGACAUUGCGAGCAAAGCAGCGAAGUUGAUGGGUCUUGGACCUCGACCAUCACUCAGUCGCAGUCAAUCUACGCGCGAAAAGCGCAAGUCACGCAUUGUCCCAGAUCCUUACGCUAUUGAUCCCGACAACACACCCGAUGAUGCCACUCAUUCCGCGUCUGUAGACAGGUCCAGCAGUCAUCGCACGAAAAGAUCCAGCCGAAGUGAUCACAAGCACAACAAACGCGAUUCAGCCAUGAUGUCCGGCGGAUUAGGACCUUCUGAUGGCGAUGGAGCAGAUCCCAUGACGGCACCUGAAGACACACCAUUUGUAACACCUUCCCGGCCAAUGCUCAAACGCUCAGCGACCACCAGCACCAGAAAGCCAGCAGGCGGCCUCUUCAGCAACAUCAUUGACUCACUCAAACCAAAGCCUUUGGAGGAAUUGUCGCGCCGUCAUCGUAGCAGUCGUGCAUAUGAUAGCGAGGAUGGUUCCACACGUCACCACAAACACCGCACACCACACUCUUCGCACCGCGCCGAGGAUGAGGACGAUAAGCGCCAUCUCCGCCGCGAACACAGACGAGUUCAUCGACCUGAAGAUGCCCCGGCCACUCCAGUAGACGAAGACCCGCAAACACCAGCAGCGGACAACACGCAGUUUGAAGACCGCGAACGCCGGCGUGCAGAGCGUCGGGCCAAGCGUGCAGCAUUGGAAGCGGCGGAGGAGGACCUGCGUACGCGCGAGAAAGCCACCAGACGCCGAGAGCGCGAAGACGCUGAACGCGCCAGACAAGACGAGGAAGACCAACUUAGACGUCAACGACGAGCAGAACGUCAUGCCUCACGCCGCUCGAGUGCCGUUGAUACGGACCGGAAACCACAUCUGCAUCGCUCUUCUACAGCACCUGUACAAUCUUACUUUGACUCGCGUGCAUCUAAUCGCGAUGCGAAUGGUCGAGACCUUCGCAGUCCUCCCAAAGACAAGACAUCUUCUUGGGUCCACAGCGUUACUUCAUCACCUCCACUACCUCCGCCUCUCCAACCCACAAUACUGGAUUUCCCUCCCACCGAUCCAGCUGCUGAAGAUGCCGAAUUACGCGACGACGAAAGCACGGCUCGCGAACUCCGCCGUCGUCAUCGCCGCGAACGCGAGUCACGCGGUGUUGAAACAGAGGAGGAUCGUAAGAGACGCAAGCGCAAGGAAUUGCGUCGACGAGAGGAGGAGCUCGCCUUCCGCAAUCACGAGGGUGGGACCAGAAGGGAUGGAGAAAGUAACAAAGCCUACAAUAGCCUUGGGUAUGAAGGGUUUGAGACACAACGAACAUGGGAUGGAAGAGUUGUCGGGACCGACGCAAGAGGAGGAGUCAAAGAAGAGAUUGCUAGACGUACUCAGGGGUGGUUCAAGAAAGUUGCUGGGUUGUGA